UGUAGAUUAUGUCGAUGCCUUAAUCAACAACUUUGACCCCGAGUUCUGGUCAGUCUUUUAACAUUUAUUUUGUCUCAACAACCCAGCGAAAGGUUUAGAAUUUACCCAGCCUGAUUCAUUACUGCCGGGCAAGUCAAAAUUUUUUCAAGACGUAUCUUACAUCUGAGAAGGCCUUUGACAUGAAUACCGUGGGACUCAUCUUCGGUGUCAGCGUAGCCUGUGCUUGGGCUUUCAGUCUUUUAGUGUUUCGAAGUGGCAUUAAAAGUUCCGCUACCAGCUCAUCCAAGGCGAAGAAAAAGAAUUCCAUUACACCAAGCUAUCCUCCCGGACCUACUCCAUGCCCGCUGAUAGGAAAUGUUGUAUCUUUCAUUCAGCUGAUGACCAAGUCUGAGAAGACGCUCAUUCGCCUUGCAUCUGAAUACGGACAGACGUGUAUGCUCUGGCUUGCAAGGAAUCCAGUCCUUAUCAUUAAUUCGCCUAUCGUCGCAAAAGACCUCUUAGACAAGAGAGGAACAUUAUAUUCUUCACGUCCUACUUUCAACGACUUCCGUGCAAAAGCAUGGCCGUAUAGACUUGUCACUACACCGGCAGGUGACACCUUUCGAUUACUUCGGAGGAUAUAUCAUAGCCUGCUAGGACCCCAACAAUCUGCUGGUUUACGUAUCUACCAAGAUCACGAAUCUAUCGUCCUGAUUAAUGCCCUAAUAGAGCGCCCCGAGGGAUUCUUGAACGAAGUAGAGCGCUUUGGCAUGAGUGUCAUUUUCAGCGCAUCUUGGGGUGUUCGUCUAGCAAAACUUGACCACCCUAUCAUGACAGAGUAUUACGCAAUAUGGGAGGCCAUGCUGAAAUACUUCCAACCUGGUUCACUUGCGAUCGACUUUUUCCCCUUCCUUGCACAUUUACCUGAGUUCCUGCAGCCAGCGCGAAGAUUGGCCUUAUCUCUCCGGAGACGAGAGAUGAGACUAAACCGGGCCUUUCUUCGUACAGUACAUCAGCAAGUGAAGAAAGGCGCGGCUCCGAACUGUUUUGGAUCACUGUUGAUCAAGCUGCAAGAAGAUGAGGGGCUAGACGAUGAGAGUGCAUGUGAUAUCAUCGCUAUGUUGAUUGGUGCUGGUUCGGAUACAACAUCUUCAUACUUGCAAUCUUUUUUUAAAGUCAUUGCGUUGCAUCCACAUACGAUGCAGAAAGCUCAAGCAGAACUUGACCAAGUUGUGGGCUUAUCUCGCAUACCUACAUGGAGCGAUGAAAUGUCUCUCCCUUAUGUCCGGGCACUUAUAAAGGAGGUACACCGGUGGUCGCCGAUAGGAAGUCUAGGCAUUCCACACGCCACAACAAAGGACGAUAAUUAUGAAGGAAAAAGCAUACCCAAAGGUACUAUAGUCUUCCCAAAUCUUACAGUACUUAGUCGAAGCCCGGAGCGCUACGAGAAUCCUGAUGCGUUUGAUCCUGCUCGGUUCCUAGGGGACGAUCUGGAUGCGUCCUCCUCGGCACUAGACCCCGACUACAAGAAAAGAGAUCAUUUCCACUACGGGUUUGGGAGACGUCUGUGUCAAGGUAUCUUCGUUGCGGAAGCUAGUUUGUUCAUUGCGGUGUCGAGGGUGCUUUGGGCGUUUGAGAUUAGUCCGGACCCAGCAGCGGCCCCGCUAGAUAUGGAUGCGAAGAUAGAUGGACUAGUUACCAAACCUAAGCCUUACCGUGUGUCGAUCAAGGUUCGCAGUGCAGUUCAUGACCGCACAAUCAGGGAAGCCUUUCGUCAGUCAAAGACAGAUAUCUUAAACUUUGAUGACAUUGUCUUGGAUGGGUAGAGUGAAACUCCUGGCUAGUUUUUGGUAUCAGCAAUGAGUUCUCGUAGGUGUUUAGGUGACAUUUUAUUAUAGGGCUGCAGGUGUCCAGUCGCCGAGUUCCUUUGGUCAUAGCUGGAGGGUCAGGCCAAGGCCAGGGCGCUCCCGUUGCUGCAACAAGGGGAGGACGGCACGACGGGUAAGCAAGAGCUUGUAAAUUGUACAAACCAAUCGGAUGGUCAAAUUUGUUUGUUGUCUUUGCGCCCCUCAUGUUGUGUUACCCGCAUUAGAUAGACUGCACAUACAAGGCAAUUAAGACCCGAG